CCGUUCAUUCACUAUGAUGCGCGUCUAGCUGAAGGAGGGUCUCCACACUCGGUCCCCUCUCUACAGACCUAAAACUUUCUCAUGAAAUCCUCCAGCACUUUUUGACAAAUACUUUUUUUUCUCUAGGAAUCAAGACGGUGUUUUGUUAUAUUAACCUUCGUUUUUAAAGAACACUUAAGAGCAUGGAGUCCGGUUCCACAGAAGGAGUAGCUGAAGAGACGCUGGUUAAAAAUCAUCCACCAAGUCCUCCUCACAAAGUGAUACUCAAACAUGGCCAAGAGUUGGAGGAAGAGCAGGAGGAGUUGGCCGAGCACCAGCCUCUAGAGCAGGAAGACCUGAACUUUGAGAGAUGGAAGCGCAGGCCGUUACCCAAGAGGACGCUCCACCAGAAAAUAGACGACUUGAAGAAAUACCUGUGGAAUGCAGAGACCAAUGAAUUCAUGGGUCGCUCUGGAAAGAGCUGGAGCCUCAUCCUGCUCUUCUAUGCUGCACUUUAUGUGUUUCUUGCAGCCAUGUUUGGCGGCUGUAUUUUUUGCCUCAUGUGGUCUAUUAGUCCCUACCAUCCAACCUAUAAUGAUAGAGUGAUGCCACCAGGUAUGACGAUGGCUCCACACCUAGAAGGCCACGACAUCGCCUUUAAUGCUUCUGAUCGCAAAUCCUGGAAGAAGUAUGCCAGGUCUAUGGAGGAAUAUCUAAGACCGUAUAACGAUGCCGUUCAGGAGAGGAAGAAUAUUCGCUGCUCACAAGACAGAUACUUCAUGCAGGACGACUUGGAGGAGAGUGCAGAGCGGAAAGCUUGUCAGUUUAAGAGGUCCUGGUUGGGGGACUGUUCAGGGCUACAGGACCCCCACUAUGGCUAUUCUCAAGGAAAGCCAUGCGUCCUCUUUCGAAUGAACCGGAUUCUUGGUUACUUACCAGGCCAAGGAAAACCAAUAAAUGUGACUUGUGGAGUUAGGAGGGGACCACCAGAAGCCUUGGGAGAAAUCCAGUUUUUUCCUAAAAGUACUUUUGAGCUGAAAUACUACCCUUACUAUGGGAAGCUCAGACAUGUAAAUUACUCUUCACCGGUGGUGGCUGUGCAGUUUCUAGGAGUGCAGUCCGACACUCACAUCCAAGUACAGUGCAAACUGAAUGGAAAGGGCAUCAUUAAUGAUUCACCCACUGACCGCUACCUGGGCAGUGUGACCUUCUCCUUAGAGGUCGGAGCCUAAGGCAGACAUCACCGCCAGCAGGAUGAUCCCAUGACAACGAGGCAGGAAAAUGUACAAGAAAAAAAUUUUGUUGAACCAUUAUUUUCCAUUAAAUAUGUACUUUCUCUCUGUCCAAGUCUUUUGCUCUUAAAAUUCCUCAAGAAGUAGAUAUUUUCUCUCUGUUUCUGCUGUAUCUUUGUACCUUGAGCGUGCUACUGCCAUCUGCACCCACAACAGUGCUGAGCACAGGACGAGUGUGUAGAGCGAGUUAUAAAUUGAAUUCUUGAUAUUUUGUAAUGAUUAGCAAGAUUAAUCUAACUAAAUUACACUCUUCCCAGUAGUUAGCAUUUCUGGCUAUGCAAAUUCAGUUAUGACAAAAUAUUAGCAGGAUAUUAGAAAUACUGUUUUGUCAGAUUGUGGUUCUGUGUGCACAUUUUGCAUGACAAAAAGUACUAAUGUGUUCUGAAUUAUAUUUUUCAAACAUGUAUAUUGUAAGAAGUCAAUGAAGUGCCAUGCAAACACAGAGCAGAACUUGUACUGUACUUACACGGUAAAACAAAGACAUAAAUGACUGCAGUAUAUUUUUGUUGAAUAGAGCAGAACUAUACAUUUAAGCAUCACAAGCCACUUCUUGCCUACUUUUGUAAAAACAUUUGCUUCUGAAAAUGAAAUACACCAGACUGAUCAAUAAAGUGACAUACUGUACUGUGAAA